GCGCUCGAGCGCAUUCGGAUGCCUUGCGCCUUCGUACAUUGCGCGACCUCGCACAUAGGGAAAAACGGCCCUUGAUUGUCGGAACGACCCAGCCGAAGUAUCUUAUCACCCGGGACGAUAUUCAUGCAGUCUUAUCAAAGAUUAUCAAGCCCGGUGAUAGCAUUGCUCUUUUAUCGGACUUCGAUGGAACGUUGGCUAGACUCGGUCCUGAUCCGGAAUUGACAGCGAUUGUACCAGCAGCAAAGGACGCCCUCGAACAAUUAGUCAAACGCUCAAAUAUUUUCACCGGAAUAAUAUCUGGACGUCCGAUGGCUGAUUUACGAAAGAGAGUUGGUAUCGAUAAUUGCACAUACAGCGGAAAACAUGGCAUGGAAAUUGUAUUUACCAAUAAAACCGAAUUUCAUUAUCCAAUCCCACCGGAAAUGUAUGCAAAAUGCACGAAACUCAAGAGCAUCCUUAUGGAG